AUACGUAUGAGUGAAUGUGAAUUCAAAAGCGUAUUCUCUGUAUAGAAGCUCUUUUCUAUAGCUGUCAACUCUCUUUUGUCACGCUCCAUCGACAAUCGCAAGGGUCACGUGAUAGUUCGCAGCCAUGUUGUGACAAGAUGGACCUUUCUACAAAUGUGAGGCAACAGUUUCGUCGGGAUGUUUCCGAACAGACCAACUUUCACCGACUAAUACAGGACACCCGUUUGGUGUUGCAGGAAGGCAGUUGAUUGCUCAUGUUGAUUCGUUCCUUUUACGAAGAUUAAACAUUUAAAUGCAACCCGAAGCAGCACCGGAAGCAGUGUAGGACCAUGGGCCCGACACCUUCACGCCCACCGGAAUCGGAGAAGCCUACUCUGAGGAAAAAUGAACUCCUCGAGCUAUCCCGUAAACUGAGUUUUAGUAUCGUCACUGAAGUUCUACAUCGGUUAACAUGUACCAUCCCCCAGGCACGAAUCGACGAUACUCGAGGCAACCCAGACCGGGUCUUCAAGCUGCUUCUGGAGUGGCACAAGGGCUGUGGGUCGCCAAGUGAAGCUAGGGCGAAGCUUUCCGUAGCUCUUUCACUUUCUGGGAGACAAGACCUGGCCGAUGAACUUGAAUCAAACGAAAUCUUACAUGUUACCCUCUGUCGACAGAUUCUCGCCUUUAAGUAUGAGAGCCUGUUAGAGGAAAACAAAUGGAAAGAUGACUCUUACAUCAAACCAAGGCUAAAGCAUCUCAGUGAUUCGGGGAUAUCUGAACAACCUGCUUUUGAUCCUUACGACUGCUUGGUAAUGCCAGGGAAGAGUAUCAUCAUAGAGGGUGAAGUGGGAAUGGGGAAGACGAUGCUUAUGAAAGGUAUUUUGGCCGAGUGGGUAAGGAGGUAUAAGAGAGGAGUGUCCCUGCCUCUUUUAUUCUUUUUGGCCAGCGACGAAAUCAAGGAAGAAGACUCACUGCAUAGUGUAAUCUACCGGAAAUAUUUCGGCAGUUGUGAAGGCAUCACAGAAAACGAACUUUCUGAUUACAUCAUCGGGGACCCACAUGGAUGUUUGAUCGCCAUUGAUGCAGUUCCUAAGAUGCGAUCAUUAUUGAAGACUCAAAUUGGAAGGUCUUUCCAAAACAGUAUGGGAAUGUCAAAGUACGAAUUGUCUUUGAUUAUCACAUCCAGGCCAAGAGACUCGGCUUAUUUCAGUUCGGAUCUGAAAUUCAAGAUCGACUCUUUAAAUGCCGAAGAAGUAGAGAUGUACGUCCGGAAUGCAUAUUCAUCCCCUAAAGAUGAGGAACAUGGAAGGAAACUCGUAGAAUUCCUUCAAAGGAAUUCCAUCGUUUGCAAUGAUCUCUGCUCCAUUCCACUUCUCUGUGGUGUGAUGUGUAGACACUGGAGCAUUUGCCGACAACAAGAGGAAAGUCACAUGCAACAGCGAAUGGAAUUUUGCCAUGGUAUUACCCACUUUUCUAAGUUGGUUGCUGAAGCAUUGGUACACGAUAAAAUCACCGACAUUAAGCCCCUGCUUUCCCCCACACCAGGGUUUAAUUUCCUUUUACAAUUGAAGAAUUCGGGAGACUGUGGUAACAGAGCUCAUGCAGAAGACCUCCUGCAGAAGAACAUGGAAAAUCUCGGCCAAGUGGCAUUUAAGAAACUGAAAAAAGAUUCAAUCUCUUUUCGGGAAGCCGAUUUUACCGUUUGUCCAAGAUCUUACAAGAUAGCUUGUCUAACGGGUGUUCUGGUAAAAAGAGGAAGCUGCAUUGAAUUUUUCCACCCGAUCAUUCAAGCCUACUGUGUAGCUGCCUACAUCGUCAAACUCCACCAUCGGGGAACCAGGGAGUUCAACAAAACUCUAUGUGAAUUAGAUAGCUGCGUAUCCUCUCUUCGCAAGUGGGUCUACAGGUUUGUCUCUGGAGAUAGUCACAUCGAAACAGCAAAAGAUGUUAUAAAUCAUCUUGCACGAAAUAGUUCCACUCACAACAUCCUCUGUGAGAGCCUCGCAGAAGUAUAUGAGAAUUCCGAUACGCUUCAGGAUGAACAUCUGGUUAUUGUGCCUCCUGAUUUCCACGACAUUACAUGGCCCUCAGCUAUCGUUCUGAAAGAUCCCACCUCACGCACCAUAGGAGGGUUCUACUCAGUUGCCAAGUAUGCCAAUAACGUCAUAAGCGAAGUCACGAUACACAACAUGUCCUCGUAUGGUGAUGAGGAUAUUCAGAGUCCGCAAGCUUUUCAACAAUUGCAAGAACUUCGCUUUAACUUAGGUGCCUUGAUUAUGACAGAAUGUGACCUUCACCGGUGUACUCUCCUCUUCAAGGCACUGACUCAAAGGACAUUGCAGGUACUUGAUCUGUCCGGUUCAACAUCGAUAGAAGACCUGAGCGAUGCUCCCGAACGAUUCCUAUCACGUCUCCCUGACCUCACUACUCUCAGACUUCCAAACAUGGACCAAUAUCCAUGUCUGCUUCUGGCAUCUCUUCCAGAUUGCUGUGCAGGACUUAAGGAAUUGUCGCUGGCAUUUAGGAGAUUUUGCAGCCACUCUGGGAGCUGCAUGGUGUGUAACAGUCGUUUCGAGAAAUUGGAGACCUUGGCGAUUAAGUGCCCUUGCUCCGUGGUACCAUCGCAACUAGCACAUAUCAUAUCAUGCACCAACAUCUUAGGAAGCAUGUCCUUUGCAUGUGAUGGAAUUGACGAGGGUUUUAUUGAGUCUCUUGAAACCUUGAUGCACGUACAUAGGGUUUUUGUAGAAGUGAACUCAAUCGAGCGGGAUACACUAGACUGCAUCCUCCAAAAGAUCCCGGGUCUCAAACAUUUCAAACUUGCGUUUGGUGGGAGGCACGAGGCUGACAUAAUCAAUACAUUCACGGCACUUUCGUCUUCCAGCAAUAUCACUGAGCUAGAUGUCAGCUACAUUGUUCCGGAUACCCCUUAUUCAGAUCGACCACCAUCAAGUCCUGCACUUAUGAGGAAUAUGCACGACCUGAUUGGCAAGCUCCGAAACCUCAGGAUUCUGGCCAUGACGGAUGUACCCCUUGGCAACACGGCAGCUCUUGAAAUACUCCAAGAUAUGAGGUCUGAGAAGAUCACUGUAACUGACUUACGACUUGUUCGAUGCAAUACGCAAUCCAGUGGUCCCUUCGAUGUCUGUAGAGAGAUCCGAAGAAAGGGCUGUGACGUUUCAAUUGUCCAUGGGACAUCCGGUUGCAAGAAUGAUUCGGAGCCAACUGAAUCAAGGAGAGGGCAGUCGGUUACUGGUGCAGAAGGAAUACAGCUAUCCAGAGAUGCGCGGGAUGACAGGAGUGGACAAGCAACUCGUCCCAAGAGAUCGAUAUCGUGGCGAUCGACCUUUCCUCUACAACGACCGUCAGUUAAAUAUAUAGAAGAUAAUGAACUCAUGCCAGAGAUACCGCCUCCCAAGCGGUGUGACACGUCUUCCUCGAGACAUCAGCCAAAGGCUGUGGUGUCUCCUGAGAUAUCUUCUUCCGGAGUAGGAGACCCACAGAUGACGUCAGCCGAGGAGCAUUUGCGAAUGGUUUCUCUUCCGGUUCUUUUGCCUCACACUCUCAAAAUGAGGCUUUCAGAGCAACUCCAAUCCAAUACCUUCACAGGCAAUGACUGGAGAGCUCUUGCUGAAAAAUUUCACAUCGAUAAGUAUGCAGCUCGCAUGAGUAGACAUCCAAAUCCUCCGGAAGCACUGUUCGACGUUGCUAUGGAGAGAAGAUGUUUUACAUCACUUGAAGAAUUGGCAGAUGUAUUUGAGAGCAUUGAACGGGAGGAUUGCAAACAUGAAGUCAUGGAGUACAUGCAGCAAAUGAACGACGAAUGAGGAUAAAAUAAGUUUGUUACCAUAUUUAAUUUUAACUUAUUACGCUUUUUAGUUUUACUAUCUCGUUAUCUGUUCUCCAAACAUAUUUUUAAUGGGCAAGUUAACGAUGUACAUGUAUCUAGUUUGUCUUUCAGUUAUUUAAUACCGUGUGAAUCGGUAGAAGUGUGACAUAGUCAUGAUAGUGGUUAUUUUUGGUAACAUGGAAAAUGUUUCAUCAUCAGUUUUGUCCGACAAGUUUCGACAACUUUCCUUGAUUUUGAUUGGCUGAGACUCCUCACAGGCACUGGUAUUAUUAUAACUGUCGGAUAAAACAGACUUCGUCGAAUAAAACUUCCAACGAGCCGUUUUAUGAAUCGCCCCCUGGUGGACAUGUAGAGUUGAGGAAAAAAAGAAAAAUGAAAAAUCCAUAUUUGAUUGUUCCAAAUACAAAUCAGAAAUAGAUAUCCUCGCGGAAUUCAUCUUGCCCAAUUGAUCGUGGGCCCGGCAGACACUCAGGAGCGCCAGAACGGCGUUGCCCUAUAAAAGCAGCAACUACCGUUUUGUAACAUCUUUUGGUCUGACGCGGCCGGGGCUCAAACUCCCGACCUCCCGAUUGUGAGGCAGACGCUCUGCCUCUCACUAACGGAGCCAACAUUGGGUGUGUAUCGCGCAUAUCGAUAUAGUAUCACGCUGUUUCAUUUAGAGGUGCAUGGUUCGAUGGCGAUAUGAAAUUCCGGACUUUUCGCAAUUUACUACGGAGAAACUCUACAGCGCAACAAUUCCUCUGAUAAUGAAAGCCAAAUCCAAUCUGACAAUGGUGAGCUGAAAGGCUUUUGUCGAAAGUUGGUGGACCGGGACAGCAUCGGAAUGUCUUCACUCUGGACGACGACAUAUUUGCAAUUGUUCGUCCGGUGCAAAUCUUUGGAUGAUCCGCUAUCCCAGUCCAACUUUCGACAAAAGCCUCUCAGCUCUCCAUUGUGAUUUUGCAUUUUCAAAGGAAACUGUGCGUUUUAGAGAGUGUCUCCUUAUUAAUUGCGAAAACUCUCUAUUGUGAGAAUUUGUCGGCGUGUAGCCUAGUAUCUGCUUGGAAUCGUUCAUGUUUGAAAAUUUGUGGUCUAUUAGUGGCAUAUUGAGCCCCCAAAAUAUGAGGAGGCACAAUAUAACGUCUGUGGAACAAUUUCAAAAAAAAUCCUAAGCUUGCAACUUUAGCAAGCCAAAAUUUUGAAAAAAAUAAUCAAAUUCGAAUUUUCGUAUCAGAUUUUGACAUAUUUAUAAAAUAACAUCAUUCAUUCAUUCAUUCAUUUAUUUAUUCAUUUUUCCAACAAAAUUUAUAAUGCAAUAAUUACAAUGAAUAAAACAUAACAGCAGAAAAUAUAAAUGACAUAAAUAUUCAAAUAAACCAAAUAUAAAGAAUAUAUACCUGGUACAAAAGAUAAUAUUUCCAAUUUGAUAAUAACAAUAUGCAAGAUAUGUUGGAAAAAUGGAGUGGCCCACUGAAAAGCAAAGCUUGUAAAGUGUGGACCACUCAAGAAGAAAACAAAGUAUAACACUUAAAUCUAAAUGGGCCAAAAGCAAACAGCAAUACAAAAUAGAUAAUGAAAUAAAGAUAUAAAAAAUAAUUAUAAUAAAGGAAAUUAAUAUUAAAAGGUGAGCAGAGACAAAAGAAGACAUAAAGACACAACAACAAAAAAUAAUAAGACACACAACACAACAAAGUAAAAAUAAACAAACAUUGCUGCACAAACUGCGAAAAUCAGAAGAAGUGAGAAAUGGAGAAAGAGAAAGGCAAAGAGAGAAAGAGAGGGAGAGAGAGAGAGAGAGAAGUGUAGUCAAUCUAACACAAUCACCGAGGGUAACCUGUAAACAGGUAAACAAUAAAUAAAUAAAGAGGUAAAGGAAUCAAUGUGAGGUUUUGUAAGACUGCAACAAAAUGAAUUUUAAUUUUCUUUUAAAUGAAUUAAGAGAAGGGGAAAACUGGAUAUCAGGGUGAAGAGAGUUCCAAAAUUUUGGGCCCCUAUAUAUAAAUGUAUUUUGGGCGAACAGCGUUCUAAGCAUAGGCAAAUGAAGAUCAUAGCGACGUCUAGUAGGGUAAUUGUGUGAGGAACUGUUUUUUAAGAACAUGUGAUGAAAAAUAAAAGGAAGCAUAUUAUUAUUGU